AUGAAUUACAAGAAUAAGUUAAUAUUUGUCCAAUUGGUUCUCGCUGCCAUAAUAUUCGACACUGACGUUUCGAUUGAAUUCGAAAAUAAAUUAUCUGAUAAUAUUCAACUAGUUGUUACGCAAAAUGGUCAACCAAUGAAACUUGUGGCUAACAUUGCUCCUAAUGGAAGAACCACUUAUACGCUUCCACAGGGUUUUGCGGGUAAUUUUCGACAUGGUUUCACUGGUAAACCAGUGACAUUAUUUGAAAUUUCCAACAAAGUCAAGGAUGCAAAUAUCUACUACGAUCUGAGUGUCAUCGAUGGUUUCAAUGUACCGAUGAAAGUUACGGCUCCAGAUGGAACAUUUAUUCAAGCUCAAAAUGCCAAUGCUCCUGAUGCUUAUUUGUUUCCAGCAGAUAACACCAAGACCCAUGGUCUAACGAAAGAAGGCAAAUUCACUGUUUCAUUCUCCCGUUAAUGUAGUUAUGCAUCUUCUAGACAUAGAAAGACAAAUAUGAAGUUAUUAACAAAUAUUAAAGAUAUUUUUUUGUAAAUAAAAUAUGCCUGUUUAUUCUAAUAAAUAAUAAUUUUAAUAAAACAUUAUUUUCACUAAAAACAACUGACAAUAAUCGUUACGCUGGUUUAGUUUAAUUCUCCGACGUAGGCAAGCUCCGAUUCCAUGUUAGAGCGCAUGGCGAAGCAUCAUUUCGACACCAAACGCAUCGAUUGUUGUUAAAUUAGCCGAAAAGUUCAUUCGAACUGGAGAGGAUCAGAGGAAUUUGCAGAAGAAAAGAAGCUAUUUUGAUGCCACGUUUAUUAAUUUUCACUCCAAUAACAGAUAGAAAACACCGCUGAGUUUUUCUUCCACUGUUUCAUGCUAUUAAAUUGGCAGCACAAAGAAAACAAUGACAAGACCAACAAUAGUUCUUUCUUUCUUUUUUGACAUAUAUAUCGUCCAUCGAGUUUUUCUUGCACUGUUUCAUGCUAUUAAAUUGGCAGCAUUCUUAUUGUGAUCGAGCUACUUUUUUUUCUUACCCUUAUCGCUUGUUUAUCAGAAAUGUUUUAACCACUAAAACUGACCUGCGCAAGAUGAAAAAUAGUUGGCGAAAUAUACGUGUUCAUUAGAAAUUAUUCAUCGAAAACAUUUGUUUCGGAAUUUUCGCCAGCAAAAUCACGAAUUUCAGAAAUCGCAUUUUAACAACUUCUAAUCACUCUGUGACUUAGUAUGAACAAUUAAAAACUCAUUUAGCACAGGAAUGUGGACGAAUUCAGCAAUAAAGACCAACUUAUUUUAACACAGUACGCCAUGUCAGUUUUAAUAAUUCGACGACAUGUCGACGAAAUCGCGCUAUUUUUAACCAUUAAUCGUGAUUCUUGAAAAAUCGCACGCACAUUAAUUGGCGAUUCCAGUGAUUUUUCUUUUAUUAAAAAUCGGCAAUUAAUUACGAUUAAUUGUUGAUUUUAAGCGAUUAAUAGGCGAACGGCUGAUAUCUGGGCAAGGUCGACGCGUCGGAAAGGCUCUGACUUCAGCUGGUGCUAAGACGUUUGCUGGGUGACGCACAUCCCAGUGAAAAAAAUGUAGAAAUUUUUCAUCGUAAAUGUCUUAAACUACGCGGGAAUUUUUGCACAGAAUUCUGCCGAAACAUUUUCUGCAGAAAAAUAUUUUCACGGUUGUCUUGCUUUUCAUCUCAUCUCGCAUCAUGCCGCUAUCCACUUUUCUCAUCAUUAUAACCUACGAUGCAAAAGUAACUGCGGAAAUCUCCAGCCAUGGUUCUCCGCUCAGGAACAUCGCAGAAAGUUCAUUCUUUUUCUGAUUGAAAGAGCAAAGCCAGAACUUCAAAAGAAAUAGAAAACAAGAUUUUUGUGGUUGGCUUUGAGGAAGAAAAAAGUACGAUACUAAAUGUCGCUAAAACAGCUCUUGCAACUUCUGUCCUCUUCAAACGUAUCUCUCGCAUCAAACCUGUUUUUCCCU